GCAUGUGCAGCCGGAGUGUGAAAAUUAUCGCAAUGCCGCGAGCAUGACUGGAGCUCAGUGAACGAUAGAUGAUUCAUUCUGCCAGUCCGCUUUACCACUUAUGGGCGGAACGUUCUACACGAGGGGCCGGAACGCUGUGCGCCACCGGUGAUUGACGUGAGGCAGCCCCGCCCAUCUUCUGCCCUGGUUAUUGGCACUUUAACUAAUCCCGGCCACUGCCUCGGUGUCUGUGCGCGUUGACAGACCGAUGAGACUGUUUUAAAUUGACUGUCGCUUCGUUUUCAACGUCUUUGUCACAUCGCCCGUGGUAAUUAGCUACUGAAGCGGACUAUUCUGACUCAAGGAAUGCUAGAUUAAGUGCUGUUGCAAAUGCACUUCUCGUGAACUUCUCUUUCUCGGCCAAUCGGUCUUCUCGGUUUGUUACCAUGGCUGAGAAACGACGGUCCCCGUGUAUGAGCCUUAAAGCGCACGCAUUCUCGGUAGAAGCGCUCAUUGGCACGGAGAAAAAAAGAAAGCUGGAGGAGGACAAUGAAAACCGUUUUGAGGAGGUAAGCGAAGUUUCGAACCUGACAGAAAGCCCGCAACCCCAGACUGGGAGAACUUGUCCAAGCACCAGGAGUUGCGAGACAGACUGCGCAAGCGACGAAUCCCCGGAGUCUGAGGACGUGUUGUUGGAUAGCCCACAACCUGCAUCCCAAGGCUCGCAGGUCCUCGUGCAAUCAGGCACGAGCUCCGGGGAGGAGAUGCGCGUGGACCUGCAAGGCUCAGACUUGUGGAAGCGAUUCCACGAGAUAGGAACUGAAAUGAUCAUCACCAAAGCCGGCAGGCGAAUGUUUCCCGCGAUGAGAGUUAAGAUUGCGGGACUGGAUCCUCAUCAACAGUAUUAUAUCGCGAUGGAUAUUGUUCCUGUCGACAACAAACGGUACAGGUACGUGUACCACAGCUCGAAGUGGAUGGUAGCGGGUAACGCCGACUCUCCCGUCCCUCCGCGUGUCUACAUUCAUCCUGAUUCGCCUGCUUCCGGUGAGACGUGGAUGCGCCAAGUUAUAAGCUUCGACAAACUCAAACUGACCAAUAAUGAGCUCGACGACCAAGGCCAUAUCAUUCUCCACUCUAUGCACAAGUACCAGCCCCGUGUCCACGUCAUCCGUAAGGAGUGCGGUGAAGAACUCUCACCCGUUAAGGCGGUUCCCACUGGGGAUGGUGUCAAAGCAUUUUCCUUCCCUGAAACGGUCUUCACCACGGUGACUGCAUACCAAAACCAACAGAUAACAAGACUGAAGAUCGACAGGAACCCAUUUGCAAAAGGAUUCAGAGACUCGGGAAGAAACAGGAUGGGACUAGAGGCUCUGGUUGAGUCGUAUGCGUUCUGGCGGCCCUCACUGAGAACUCUGACAUUUGAGGACAUCCCUGGAAUCACUAAACAAGGUGCAGCUGGCUCUCAUACGCAUCUGCUGUCCUCGUCCUCAUGCUCUUCCCCUACAUUCCACAUGGGUUCCGGGGUGGGACCAGUGUGUGAUUAUUCCACCUGCAGUCGAACAAGCCACCCACUCCAUCGCUACGCCCCUUCCCUCUCCACAGACUCCUACAGUCGACUGGCCAGCCCAGCAGCAGAUGCGUUUUCCACGACUCGGAGCUCCACGUAUGUGAACGGGACUGAAGGUGAAGCAUUCUCAUGCACACAGACUGGCCUGCCAAUCCAGAUCCACAGCAUGCCAAGCACAACCUCCCAGCUGCAGUACCUAAUGCCCAGCCACACCCAUAAUGCAUUUUCCACCAAUCAGAGCACACAGGGUUCCUAUAACGGGUUCCGUCUGCACAGCCCGUAUGGUCUCUAUGGUUAUAACUUCUCCACUUCUCCUCGCCUGGCCACCAGCCCUGAAAAGACAGCAUCUACGCAGAGUUCAUUCCUUGGGUCCUCCCCUAGCGGGACGCUGACGGACAGGCAGGUUCUAUCCACUGUGGACAGUCUGCACAUGCUCAGCAGUAGUCAACAGAAUCUUUUUGACUCACGGACUUUGGGGUUGACAAGCUCCACCUCCCAGGUGACAGCCCACAUGGCAUGACCUGCAUCCCAAAAAUUUUGACGGACUUCAAACUCAGCUAAGAAUGUUUUCUUUGAGUAUAAACUAGUUUUGAGGACUAGUCAAUAGUAUAAUUUAUAAUCAGCUGGAGGUUCAUCACUUUCGCAAGAGUUGAGAGAAGGACAUACUGCGAUGAAAAGGAAAGGAGACAAAUCAAAUUUAAAGAACUGAGAGAAAUCUGCAAUAUCAUUUAUGUUUUAUGUAAAUGACAGCUGAAGAUCACAUUGAGGAUAUUUUUAAACAGCCUUUAUAUCUUAAAAAUCAUUCUGAUGAAGCAGCACAGACCAUUAUUGGACACUAGGGUAUGUAAAUGCCUGAAGAAUAACGUGGGAAAGCCAGAAAACACUUUACAGACACUGUUUCACGGCAUAAAAGGAUAUCAACCAUCAGAUCUCAUCAGGUACAAUGAGACCCCUGAAUUGCUGGUAGAAGUGUGAGGAGUAUAACAGAUGACUUUUGUGAGGCUGGACUCAGUGUCUUAUGGACAAUAAAACAGAGUUUGGCACUUAAAAGUGAGCAGACUGAAAAAAAGACAGGAAGUGAUGUCACAAACACAGGCUGCAAUGACAAUGUUUUUAACUAAAUAGUUUGCAAGGUGACAAUCAGCAGGUAACUGUCACUCUGGGCAAACGUCUUGUUUGUGCUGAGAUUUUACGCACAUCCAGUCAGCAUCUAUGGCAGAUAAUGUGGUUUAAUAUGAAACUGGACGAAGAUAAAGGAAACAUGGGCUAGUGUUUACAAAUUCUCUCCAAGUCAAAGGGUUUUGGUCUGGAUCAGCACUGCUGUCUGAGUCUUGGAACAGACAGGGCUGUAUGAAAUCUGAUCUGAGUUGAUAAUUCUCACACUUUAUAAAUAAAACCAUUGGCAUUCUUCAGAAAGAUUAUAGUCCUGCCACGAGAUACAUGCUGAUUCCAGGUCAGCUGUCUCGCUCUCAAGCCAAGGACUGAAAAGAACACUUUUCCCUUGCAGACGUUAGAUUUUGCUAAUUUACUUAUUAAAUGUAUUUUUUUUUUCACAAAUAUGGAGAACAUGAAUAUUAUUGAUACUGUGUAAAGAUUUCAUUUGCACUUACGGCAAUUUUAAAUACUUGCUUUUUCAUAUUCAGGCUUUUUUGCCAGAGUGGCCACAAUAGACAUUUCCUCCAUGUUUGACUCUUGUUGGCCUGAGAAUUUGAAAACCCUUUGAGCCAAAUAAAAUAUAUCCAUAUGCUAAAGGAUAA